UUUAUGCCAUUGGAAAAACAGCAUCAUCAUGCAGACAAUACAUACUCUUUAUCACAGCUUAGAUGUUGAAAGAAGAUCACUUCAUUGCUGUUCUCAACUCUUUUAGCUUUCUGAUUCCUUGCUCAUGUAACGUUCUGUAUCUCGCAAGAAUUUCUGCACUUUAGAACCUUCAGGUUCCAUCUCACUUGUAAAUGGCAUUCUUCCGGGCAUUUUGGAAUAGUCCUAUUGGUCCUAAAACAACUCAUUUUUGGGGUCCUGUUUUCAACUGGAGCAUCCCAAUUGCAGCAUUUGUUGACACAAAGAAACACCCAGAAAUGAUAUCUGGCAACAUGACGGCAGUAAUGUGUGUUUAUUCAGCAAUGUUCAUGAGAUUUGCUUGGAUGGUACAGCCUCGAAACUUGCAUCUUCUUGUAUGCCAUGUCUCCAAUGAAACAGUGCAGCUUUAUCAGCUUUCGCGUUGGAUAAAGGCUAGAGGAUCCUUGCAGCAGGAGAAAGAGGAACAACCUAAAGGACAGUGAUCCACAGAUUAUCUGUUAUAAUUUAUGCUAUCUUUUUCACUUGUUCUGAUAAUGUAAAACUAUACUUCUUUUUCUUUGGGAUUUUUUUUUUUUUAAUUUUAGACUAGUUCAUCGCAAAUUCAAAACAUAACAUGACCCACAUAUAGAAUAGGUGAGACUUACAUGCUUGUGUUUGAGUCUUGAGGCGAUGAUAAACCAAUUCCCAGUGUCACAAUGCAAAAAGACUGCAAUCUUGCAUUACAAUGCUAAUGAUUAGCAUUUUCCCUAA